CAGCCAAAUGCGGGUACACUGCGAGCAAGUGACGGGACACUUGUUACUGACUGGGUGACCGCUUGGGCAAGAGGCUGAACCACUACGACCAGAUAACUCAAAUAAACUUGUUGUCUUUUCCUGUUCUGCCUGCGUCUGUCGUUCCUCCUGUUCAAACGACCCGCGGGACCCCUCCAAGAUGUCUGCCCAGAACUCCGCAGGCAUCCAAACACUGCUGGAUGCAGAGAAAGAAGCACAGAAGAUUGUCCAGAAAGCCAGAGAAUACCGAACCAAAAGGGUAAAGGACGCCAAAACCGAAGCACAGAAGGAGAUCGAGGAGUACAGACGGAAGAAGGAAGAGGAGUUCAAGAAAUUCGAAGCAGAGCAAACGAGCGGAAACAAGAAAGCCGAAGAUGACGCCAACAAGGAGGCCGAGGCCAAGGUGAAGGAAAUCGACGAGGCCGGCAAGAAGCAUGGCAAGAAAGUGGUGGAUGAUUUGAUCAAGGCCGUGACGACGCCACAUCCUCAGGUGCCUGACAAGGUCUCGGUGGAGGAAUGAUCAAGUCUAAGAUUGCAACUUUUAAUAUUCUACUACUGCAACAAGCAUGAGGUAAAGGAGGGUCUGGUCCACGCUGUGGUUAUGGCGAUGGCAGACACAGGCUUACAUCCAGCCUUGGGCUGUACAAGCAGUGGCGGGCGUCAUGGAUGGUAGGAGGGUCAAUGAACAUAGAUAUAGGGUGAACCCGAAUUCGAUACGCCGAGAUUUGUCUCAAUGAUUACCUGGUAGACCUGUGAGACGCCGACUGUCGUGUAGGCGGCGAGGCCUGGUCAAACUUUUCGGUUGAGAGAAUAGCACUAGUAUAACUUGAGUCCUGUACAACGUUGAACAUGGCAAGACUGUUGCCUGUAGUACCUACCUAC